UUUGAUCGAGAUCUUUGUUACCUUAACUAUUUAGAUUAUAAAAUUAUUAAAAAAAACAUUAUAAGAUUACAGUCAUCGUUAUCUUGUGAUGGAAUUGAAGCAUUUAUGAAUUAUGUGGGUGAAAAUUUAGUUCAUUUAUUACUUGCAAGAAGUAAAAGCGUCGGUUACAUGACUACCUCGAAGGAAUUCUUCAGGAGAUGGAGGACGAAGAAUUGUAAUGAUCGAGUGAUGACCGACAGAUCAUCGAUGGUUCUUGGAGACUCGUUAAAACUUUAGGGAAACAGAAAGGGCGACGGAUGAAGAUGAAAGAGUCUCGUACGUAAAAAAAUGGCACCGUUCCAUGGCAUGGCCCUUAUAUUGCUUGGAAUCGGAUACCUGUUACACGCAGAACCGCCUUCCGGUCACCGGAACUUAGCGGUGCAACGAUUCGAUGGGGAAAAGCCCGAUAAAGGGGAACGCUCGCAACGAGGAACGAAGAGGACGUAUUUUUAUAAAGACUCAUCCCAAAAAGUGACCACCGUUGUUGGACAAACUGUUGUGCUGUUGUGUCGUGUUAAGAACUUGGGGAACAGAACCGUGUCAUGGAUUCGAAAAAGGGACUUACACAUCUUAACAUCCAUGUCAGUGACUUAUACGAGCGACGCAAGAUUUACGAUAGUCGGCAAUCCGGAGCGCGACGACUGGAAUCUGCGAAUAGAUUACGUGCAACCACGGGAUGCCGGCAUUUACGAGUGUCAAGUUAAUACAGAACCCAAGAUAUAUAGAGCGGUUACUUUGAAAGUUUUGGAUGUUCAGGCAAAGAUCACGGGGCCCGAAGAGAUUUACGUGAAGAGGGGCAGUACGAUCAGCUUGACCUGCAUCGUGGACGUGCAAGAUAUUCCUCCGAGUAACGUGACUUGGUACCAUGCCGGUGCGGUGAUCGAUUUCGAUGGUCCAAGGGGUGGCGUUUCCCUGGAAACGGAGAAAGGUAAGAACGGGACCACUAGCAAGCUGCUAAUAACGCGUGCUCAGCUCGAUGACAGCGGGAAUUACACGUGCGUCUCGAGCAAAGUUGCUCCGGCAAAUGUGAUGGUUCACGUGUUGAACGGUGAACAUCCUGCGGCGAUGCAGCACGGCGGUACCGGGAACAUCAACAGGAGAGUGAUUUUAUUCAGCCUGGUCCUACUGGUGGACACGAUAUUUCGGUGAGCGAGCUCUUCUCCGUCUGCCGCUCUUUUGUCUGUCAAGACGUCGCGUCCCGUCGACCACAUCCCCGACUUUCGUUGGACGACACACAUCGAGAGAAGAGGUCCCGGGUCCUGUGAUUUACGAGCUUCGACGUUUAUCGCGCGAACUGAAUUUUCUAUGAAUCGAGAACCCAGCGAACCUCGACUCCGAAAUAUUAUAUCAUCGAGAGAUGACUCGUUACGUUGCGCGUCGUGCUGCGAAUUUCCUAACUCGUUCGCUGCGCUCCAACACCUUAUCGAUGUGCACCGAACUCUGUCCUCACGCCUGACUGUAACAUUCCUGUAGAAUAAUAAAUACUUCGCGAUUCGUAUGAUUACGAGUUAAAAAAAAAAAAGAGAGAAACAGGACAAACGAACGAUUUGUUAAUAGGCACAAUAUAUCUGUUAAUCAACA